GUGAGCGCAGUAGACGAGCGCGUGGAGCAUUGAUUGGAUGAAGCAAGAUUAGCAGAGAAAGGAAACGAAUUGUCAGAUUGGAUAGCUUUGUAUCAUAGUCCGCGGGGGAUCACGUACCUCUGCUCGACGACGACGACGAAAGCGCAGACGUUGACGAUAGAUGGACGAGGAAAUGGAACGAGGGCACAGGGCGCGUGAAGUUAUCUGAUCGCUUUAGUCACAAAGUCCCACGCUGUCACAUCCAUUCGUGUCACGACCGCGACGCGUCACCUGCGGUGGAAAGCCAAAGCACUUGAGCUUGUCUUCAGCAGCAUUUCCCUGUUCUCCUCAAUACCUCUACCACCCUUUGACCUUGUUGCUGCCGCGGCAGAUACAACUCGUCAACCAUGCCGCUCGAAGCAACGAUGAUGAUACUUGACAACUCCGAAUACAUGCGCAACGGAGACUAUCCAGCUACGCGUUUCGACGCCAUGGCAGACGCCGCACACAUAAUCUUCACGACCAAGACGGACAGUAACCCAGAGAACAGCGUCGGUGUCAUGACAGCAGCUGGAAAAGGCCCAGAAGUACUCGUAACACAUACUCGUGAGCUCGGACAAAUUAUCCAAGGCGCGCACGAUGCAAAGACGAAGAUCGGUGGAGCUGUGGACAUACCUACCUCGAUUAAUGUUGCUCAGCUUGCACUUAAGCAUAGGCAGAACAAGAAUCUACGGCAGCGGAUUAUUUUGUUCCUUGGGUCGCCACCAGAGGGGCCUGGAGUUGAUGACAAGAACUUAACUCGACUCGCGAAGAAGCUUAAGAAGAAUAACAUUGCUCUUGACGUUGUGGCCUUUGGCGAUGGUAUUGAAGAGGGAGAGACUUCAUUAAUGAAAAUGCUUGUUGAUGGUGCGAAUAGUGGAGACAACUCACACUACUUAGCUGUACCUCCAGAUCCACGUCGAUUAUUAUCCGACGUCAUCAUUUCUUCUCCCGUAUUAUCACAAGACCGAGGGGACCGCGAUGCUACUAUGGCUGAUAUCACUAAUACAGCCGGGGCUUCAGGUGACAGCGCGUUCGAAGAAUAUGGUGGAAUUGACCCGAGUUUGGAUCCGGAACUUGCAAUGGUUAUGCGUAUGUCCAUGGAGGAAGAACGAGCACGCCAACGAGCUCUACAACAAGCCGCAGAAUCCAAUACAGCACCACAACCUGACGCGUCAGCCCCUGCCGCGCCUGCACCCGCACCCGCAACCCGGAGUGCUGCACCUGGUCCUUCCACUUCAACCCCUCAACCCACAGCACCUAUACCUGCGUCUACCGCAGAGGACGAUGACGAAGAAGCGGCAUUACAAGAAGCACUCAAACUCUCACAACAGCAAGAGGACGUCGAGAUGCACGAUGCUUCAGCUACAGCUUCAAAACCUGCAGCUGCUGCUGGUGGAGAAGAGGAAGAGGAGGACGAGGAUGCUGCUAUCGCCAGGGCUAUUGAGAUGAGUAUGAUGCCUGAUAAUGAGCAGGGAAAAAAGUAGUUGUUGCUUGUGUAUGAAUUCAGUACUCGUAGGAUAACUUCAUACAUCAUUAC